AACUGGCAAAUUUCACUACAAAAGAAGUGAUCUUGGCUUGAUUUGCGUUGUGGUUGCACUUUAUCUCGCCUCAUCCUCCGCCGCCGAAUGAGCAAUCCGGGGAAGAAAGCGACCGUCGACGAUGAGGUGGAGCAGCUACUCCGAGCAGCGCAGGAUGACGUGCUUCUGAAGCUCAAUGUUAAUUCCCACAUGGCACGUGCCUCCGCCUCCGCAGCAAUCGACCCGGAUCUUGAUCGGCGUUUUCAAGCCCUCAGAAAAAGCCAGAAGCCAACAAAACUUGACGAUUCUACUAAAAGGUCUCCUCCGAAAGUGGAAAGGGGAGACGGUAAAGUCGAUGGGGCGGCCGCGGAGGACGAUCUUUUUGCGAGAUUUGCGGCCCUGAAGAACUCGCUUCCGUCGUACAAUAAAAAUGAGAGGAAAAGUCCUGCUGAUGUUUCGGGCAAUGAGCUGGCGACGGAGGAAGAGAGUGAGGAUGAAGUUGAUAAGGUGAUAAAGUGGGCAAUUGAUUCUGCUAGACUCGAUCCUUCACCCCCAUCUGAUGAUGAUGAUGACGACGACGACAAUGAUCGUAGUGAUGAGGACGAUGACGUCGACGAUGAUGAUGGGGUCAAGAAUGGUACAAAGGGCAAAAGGAAAUGAUAAAACAUUGCACCUACCCGGUUAAUGUAAAUUUGAGGUUUAUCACAUUGGCACUCCAACAAAGCCAAAUUUGUUUCUCCAAAGUGGUGAAUUCGUCGGCUGGAUGAAGAAAUAAAAAAAAUGGGUUUUUUCUCUUUGGUUCUGUUCCAUUGUCUGUGCCGGGGACUGAGGUACUAUUUUCACUACAAAGUUGAUGACUUGUUAUAGUAUUCCAUUUUCGUAGAAGAUGUAGAGAGUUACAUAAUGUUAUUUUCACUACAGAUGACCUGUUGUAAUAUUCUAUUUUCAUAGAGGAUGUAGAGAGUUGCAGAAUGUUUUCUUUCUAAUUCGGCAACAUGCAUUCUUGCUCCAUCCAGCGGAGUUUGAGCUCAA